CUACAGUCCUAUAUUUAAUAUCAUGAAUAAACCUAACCUUCAUAUGAAAUUUGAUUGACGUUUGUUUAUUGUUAUUUUCUGCUUACAUAUGUUAAUCAUAUAAUUUAUAAUAAAAUAGUCUUGUUAAGUUUUAAAAAUGGCUAAUUGUGAGUUAAAUCAAAUAUUUCUUGGAGAAAUUGCAUCUGUACAAAAUUAUGGUGCUUUUAUCAGAAUCCCAGGUUGUUCUGUACAAGGAUUAAUACAUAGAUCACAAAUUAGUUGUGUUCAUGUUGAUAAUGUUACAGAAGUUUUGCAAAAAGGGGAACGUGUUUGGUGUAAAGUUAUUUCUAUUGGAGAUGAUGGAAAAAUAGGAUUAUCUAUGAAAUAUGUAAAUCAGGGAAAUGGUACAGAUUUAGAUCCAAAUGGAGUACAAUUACAAAGAGAUAUACAAAAGAAAAAGAUUAUUGAAAAGCACGAACACAAAACUAUACAUUUAGAAGCAGUUCUUAAUACUACAUGUAAAAAGUGUGGAACUGCUGGUCAUUUAUCUAAUGAUUGUUUUAUGAGUCCUGAUGGAAAAAAGUAUGAACUAAUUCCAGAAAUAGAAGAACAGAAAGAAGAAGAACAAAAAGAUGUUCAAACAGAAACUAAUAUAAGUAAGAAAGAAAAAAAACAUAAACAAAAGAAAUUAAAAAAGAAAAAAAAAUCUAAAAGAAUCAGACAAGAUAUUCUUGAUAGUGAUUCUGAUGAAAGUGUAAUUAAAAAGAAAAAGAAGAAAUAUUUUAAAGAUCAAAAGAAAAAAAAGAAAAAAUAUGACAGUUCUUCUAGUGAUGAAAGUUCUAGUGAUAGUGUUUCUAGUCAUGAUAUGAAAGCUCAUAAACGAUGGCAUUCAGAAAAUUUAGAAAAACGUACUAAGAAAUGUAAACAUUCAAAAACUAAAUAUGCUGAUAAGUGAAAAUAUAAAAUAUAAAAGCUUUAAAAUUCAAAAUUAUUUUUUGUGUUAAUUUUAUAUUUUUUUAAAUAAUUAAAAUAUUAAAAUAUUUUUAAUGCACAAUUUGCAAAAGAUAUAUAUAAAAAUAUAAUAAUAAAAAUCAUACUUACUGGUGUUAAAUAUUUAUAAGUUAAAUGUACAUUUUCAGCAAGAACAUCAGCAGCUAAAUCAUAAUAUUGAUAUUUACAAUAUAGUAACAAUAAAUUUGCAAAAGUUUCAGGUGGAAAUGGAUUUUGUUGUAAUAAAAAUUGAAGUUUCUCAAAUCCUUCACUUGGCUUUGUAUCCAUAUUUAUUAAAGCUUGAUUAUGCAAAGUAACAGCAUCAAGUUCUUCCUCAGAUCUAGGAGGCAUAUCUGUUAAUGCUUCUUUUGCUGAUUCAUCUGAAUAAAUAAAGAAUAUAAAAUAUAUUAGAUAAAUUAUGAAAAAUUAAAAUUACAAUAUAUAAAUAUAAUACAAUAUAAUUACAAUUUUGUAAUUGAUAUUCUAUAGCUGCUUUCAAGUUAAAUGCUUCUGUUAAAGCUGUUUCAUGAAGUGUUAAUGUAUUUCCAACACUACGUACUUCUAUACCUUCUGUUGUCAUACCCACUCCUAAUUCUGGAUGUUCUCUUAUUCCUUGCUCAAUAAUAUCAGCUAAAAUGAUAAAUUAAAAUAUUAUAUAAAAUAUAAAAUAUAAAAUAUAAAAUAUUAUAUAAAAUAAAUAUUAUAAAGUUCAGUAUAAAUAUUAUUUUUACCAAUAUGUUUUAAUGAUGCAGCAUAUUCUUUUAAUUUAAAGUAACAAAGUGCUACAUUAUAUGAUAAAUGAGGCUUAAAACCUAUAAUUUGUAAUGCAUUUGCAAAUUUUUUUAAAGCUUGUUCAUAUUGUUCCUCCUAAAAAGGAAAACAUAUAAAUAUAUACUUCUUUAUAUAUA